GAUUGAACAAAAAAACAAGAAUCAUUUCAUGAAAUGAAUCGGUUCAGUUCGUUCACUAAAAAGAUUCCAUCACCCAAUCGUUCGUGAACGAAACAAUAGUACGCCGUAGUGACAGGAAGUGGCUUCUGCCGAUACGGUAUUCGUCCGUCCCUUUUAUUUGCAGAACAUCCAGCAGCAGACGAUUUAUUUCACUAUGAGUGCUGUUGUACCCAACCAUCGAAGGACCAAGCCUGGCGGAAUCAAGCCAGGAGCGGCGGUCAGCGGUGUGACGGGUCCGGCCUCUCAGAUCCCUGGUCUGUCCCAGACUGCUGCUGAAAGCACACCCGUCGAGAGGAUCAGCGGACGGCGGGUUGGCAUCUUUGAGUCCGACUCGGAUUAUGUUAAGCUUGCAAAGCAAGGGGGGCACAAAGGGCUGUUGAGCCAUGACGGCGAUGUGGAUGACAAACCCAAGACGGCCUACAAUCCCAACAACUGGUUUGCAGGCGACGACUCAAACAGCGGCAGCAAAGCAACGUCUCCCAACAGCCAGGCCAAGGGUGGCAGGCAGCCUCUGCUUGCACCGUUCGGCACUGAUAACAGUUCAUCCUGGGAAAGGGAGACUGAUAUAUUUACUCAUGAUAAAGAUAAGAUGUCUCCUGAUGAUGCGGCCGCUCAGAUGGAGGGGCUGUCUGUGAGCAACAAGUACAAGAGAACGUCUUACAGUAAGAAAGUGGCCCCUGUCAGCAUGUCCAAGCUGCUGAGUCACGGCUACAUGGAGGACAAAAAGAAGUCUCCCAAUGAUGACGAUGCCUCAAGCGUGACUUCAGAUCAAACGAGCACCGUCGCGACCGAAGAUGUGGACGACCUGGAGUAGUGCCGCCAGUUUGCUGUUCUCACAUUGGCUCACUUUUCUUGUACAUCCACUGACCGUUUGUACUAGUUUAUGCAGAGGGAAACGUCCUUCCAUUGAUUUGCUUUUUUUUUUGAUAAAGCAUUUAAUUGAGUAGAUGUGACGCUGUUCUUUUGUUUUUGUAAAGCAAUUGCUCGAUCUUUCUGGUAACUCGCAAGCCAUGUGGAAAACUUAAUAGUUUUUCUUCAAACAAGUUCCACCUUUAAGCAUGCUUUCUUUUGAGCUGCACAGUUUGCCGGCCUUAUCGUGUAAAGAUCGAGCAAGUCAGUUCUUAUUGUGUUUGUGCAAAUUUAUUUAUAAGUUGAAGUGAAGUCAAAUAAAAUGUGUGUUUGAGCUGCAGGUGCGAGCUGACCUCAAAGUCGCUCUUACAAAGUGAUGGUUAGAUUGGGAUUCUGCAAAAUAUUUGUUCAAUACCGUAUUUCCCUGAUGUCUCAUGUUCCAUCCGUAAGCAGAAUAAAAAUGAGUCAAAUUGCAGUUGUAGAUGUGCCCGUGCCAAAGCUUUAAUGGCGGCCUUCUGUUCCUUAUUAAUUAUAAUAACCAAGCACAGAUGAGACAUUCUCGGGGAUAUUUUGCAGACGAGCAAGCUAAACGUGCAUUGAACUUCAAUGUAAGUGCAGUUGAAUCUUGAAAGUGUCUUUUUAACGUACUAACCAAGCAGAUGGACCCUGCUCAUGCAGUGUUUGGAUUUCAUAACAAGCCUUGUAUCCCACCACAUGCUUCUUUGGAUGAGAAUAAAUCUGGAAAGAGGCCAAUUACACAAUAUAUGACGCAAGUAUACUUAGACUGUCCCAAAACAUUCGGAGAUUUGACUCUUUUCUUGAGUCAUGUUGAUUGCUUUUCAUUUUCUUUAAGCAUCAAUGUAUGAACCCGACAGUGAUGAGAAACUCCCAAGUUCAGGCAAGGACGCUCAAUGGUCAAAUCGCCGUUUUUGAAGACAGACUGGAACACAAUUGUCAUGUUACUAAAAAAAAAAAGAAAGUGCGUCUGUAUGAUGUUGUGAUGCCACCGUGUUUCAGCCAUACAAGCAAGGAUGGUGACAAUUCGCCACUUCUGAUAUUCUCCUUUGAAGCACAGCUCUACUUUGAUUGACUGAUUAUGUAUACGGCCAGUUGAAGUCUUGAGAAGUUGGCGCAAACCAAGGUGGGAAGGAACCUCGUGUAGCUGUAGGACGAACGUGUGGAUCAUUGAAUUUUGCUCUGCUCACACUGGUUAAAAGAAAGGCAAGAUAAGUGUUUCAAUGGUGCAUACAUUCCUGGAGGCAUACAAGUGAGUGUGAUACCCUCGCACACAUAUAUUUCAUUUCAAUAAAUGGGCAUGCGCAUGUA